AUGGAAGAAAUAAGCAAAAACAAGAAUACUUUAAUUAUUAUUGCUGGUGGAAGUGGCACCGGAAAAACCACGAUAGAGAGUUUAUUAGCCCAGGAUUCAAAUAUUAUUAAAUUAGUUUCCACUACUACUCGACCACCACGGGAGGGAGAAGUUGAUAGCAAAGAUUAUUAUUUCAUUAGUAAAGAAGAAUUUGAAACUGAAUUAAAAAAAGGUCGAUUUUUAGAGCACGUUAUUUAUGAUGGUAAUUAUUAUGGAGUUCACGGAAAA